AAAUUCAAGAAGAAAAGAACAAAAUAGAAGGAAUUAAAAAGCAGGCCAACAACUUAGAUGAAAUGCAGAUAACAAGCAAUAAGAAAAGAAGUCAGGAAGAAAUAACAAGAGAAGCAGACAAAGAUGUGGUUGGAAAAAUAGCAUUACAAUUUCAAACCUUAGACAUUACAUCAAAUGGAAGACAUAAAAGACAUAGAAAUUAA